AUACCCGCCCCCCGGCCCCCGGCCGGGCAGGGCAGACACGUACUCCACAUCCCUAAUAAUAUAAUAAGCAAAUUAGGCAAGAAGAAAUGGCGGCCAGCAGCAGCUCCAACACCCCCCUGCGCCGGCGCCGCACCCGCACGCCGUCCCUGCCAUGGACGGUGCGCAUCCAGGCAGCCGCCCUCGAGGUGGCACACCGCCUGGACGGUAGUAUCCGGCGCCCCCUGUUCUGGCUCGGCGACCUCAAGGUCAAGGUGGGCGCCAGCCACGCCCAGCCCCGGUCGGAUGUACUACUCGUCCGAUCCGCUGACAUCACCAUUGACGCCUCCCGCGGCCUUUGGGCGCGCGUGUUCUGCCCCUCGGCGGCGGUGAUCGCUGACGCUGACGAUGACGCCGCCCCGCUCCCCAUCUUUGUCUACUUCCACGGCGUGCUCUUCUCCGCGUCGUCCCGCCCCUACGACGCCUUCUGCCGCCGUCUCUGUCGUGAGCUCCGGGCCGUCGUCGUGUCCGUCAACUACCGCCUCGCCCCCGAGCAUCGUUUCCCGGCAGCCUACGACGAUGGCGUCGCCGCACUCCGCUACCUCGACGAGACCACCCCGAUCCCACUGCCGCUGCCGCCCGACCUCCUCCACGGCGCCGUCGACCUCUCUAGCUGCUUCCUCGUUGGCGACAGCUCGGGGGCCAACAUGGUUCACCACGUCGCCCAGCGUUGGGCGUCGUCCAUGUCGUCGGCGACGACGGCGACGUCGACGUUACCACCACCACCUCCCCUGCGCCUCCGCCUGGCCGGCGCCGUCCUCAUACAGCCCUUCUUCGGCGGGGAGGAGCGCACCGAGGCCGAGCUGGCCUUCGACAAGGCCUGCCGCAUACUGUCGGUGGCUCGAGCGGAUCACUACUGGAGGGAGUUCUUGCCUGAGGGAGCCACUCGAGACCACCCGGCGGCGCGCGUCUGCGGGGAGGGCGUUGAGCUGGCGGACACGUUCCCGCCGGCGAUGGUGGUGAGCGGCGGCUUCGACCUGCUCAAGGACUGGCACGCCAGGUACGUGGAGACGUUGCGUGCCAAGGGCAAGCUGGUCAGGGUGGUCGAAUACCCGGACGCCGUCCAUGGCUUCUACGCGUUCCCGGAGCUCGCUGAUUCCGGCAAGCUCGUCGAGGACAUGAAGUUGUUCGUCCACGAUCAUAUGUCUGGUGGUUUUGACUAGACUAGCUACAUGCAUGUUACAUGUGCAUGGUCCCCGUACCGUACGUGUUUAUUUGGACGACUACAUGCAUGUAGAUAGAUAGAUUACGUGGAGUCCAGUGCACAGUUCAUGCACUACCAGUAACGUUCGCCAUUGUUGUUGUCACUUCCUCGUACUGUGCACGCACUGCUCGAAAUAAAACCACCCGUCGCUAUACAAAUUAAAUAAAAAAGUCAUCCUGUUAUAUUUUCA